AGUUCUUUAGGUGUCGUCAGUCAGACUUCGCUCUCAUAUCGGCGGCCUCUCUCCUUCCAGGUUUAAUGAUCAGACCCAAGAUGGAUUCCCUGGACAUCGUCUAUAACGCCAGUGGACAGAGCAGUAACUGGCAGAAAUAUGUUGAUGGUCUUAAUAAUGUGCUGCAAGAUUAUAACCAAACCGUCCAGGAGCAGAGAGGAGCCAAUUGCACGUCUGGAAUCUACAACAAACAAGACGAUACUGGUGAUGUCAGGAAUUACCCGAAGAAGGCUUGUCGGUUUCUACGGGAUGACCUGAGUGAUUGCUCCGGGAUAAAAUCCGAUCCCACAUACGGAUAUGCCAAUGGAACGCCAUGUGUGCUCAUUAAAAUGAACCGGGUAGUACACUUCUUACCCCAAACCAUCCCAAGCCUCUCCAACGACUCCAUCACCAUCAAAUGUACCGGCAAGAUAAAACUCGCUGUAAAUGAGACGAACAAUGAAUACGACCGUCUUCUGGGCAGCAGAGUCUACUACCCCGGGACCGGCCAGGGUCUGGGCAGCAUCGACCUCAAGUACUUCCCCUACUAUGGAAACCGUGCGCAGAAAAACUACACCCAGCCUUUCGUGGCGGUGAAGUUCCUGAACGCGACACGCAACAUGGACCACUACGUGGAAUGCAGCGUAAACGCGGCCAACAUCAACAACCGCGAUGAGCGGGACAAAUUCCAAGGACGGGUGACCUUCAGGCUGCGGUUGAACUCUUAAAGACGCUGCUGGGUGAAGAUUGUCCGAUGUACCUCCUCGUCUACCCUGAUAGAGACUGACAGAGCCACGAACGGCCUCACAAUUGUAAUAUAUUACUGACUCCUCCCACA